AUGGAAGAAGAUGGAAAUGAUAGAGUUCAAGCAUUGGAAUAUCGCCAAAAGUCUGCAAAGAAAAAUGUUAGUAGUAAAGAAAUACUUGAGGAAGAUUCGAAGAAUGUUGAAUGUGGAGAAUCGGUUGAAGAAUCUAAAUUGGAAGAUAAUCAUAGAUUAGUAUUUGACUGA